GAGAAGCUGGCCGCCAAGAAGAAGCGGAGGAAGGAGCGGGAAGCCCUCGGGGACAAAGCACCUCCAAAAGCCAUACCAAAGACUAUUGAAAAUCAGAGAAUUUAUGAUGAAACAACUGUAGAUCCCAAUGAUGAAGAGGUUGCUUUUGAUGAAGCAACUGAUGAAUUUGCACCGUACUUCAACAGACAGACAGUUCCCAAGAUUCUUAUUACAACAUCGGACAGACCUCGUGGGAGAACAGUGAGAUUCUGUGAACAACUGUCUACUGUUAUACCUAACUCACAUGUCUACUAUCGAAGAGGACUGGCUUUGAAAAGAAUUAUUCCACAGUGUAUUGCAAGGGACUUCACGGAUUUAAUUGUCAUUAAUGAAGAUCGCAAAAUACCAAAUGGUAUGCUUUUAAGUCAUCUGCCUGAUGGUCCUACAGCUCACUUCAGAAUGAGUAGUGUCCGUUUGCGUAAAGAAAUAAAGGUGAGACUCCAACAAAAUUUUAAAAAUUAGUAGUCUGUUGUNCUGAAUAAUUUUACAACACGACUCGGCCAUUCUGUUGGUCGCAUGUUUGCUUCUCUCUUCCCACAUGAUCCUCAGUUCAUUGGAAGACAAGUAGCUACAUUUCACAACCAGCGAGACUACAUCUUUUUCAGAUUCCAUAGAUAUAUCUUCAAGAGUGAAAAGAAGGUGGGGAUCCAAGAACUUGGGCCACGUUUUACAUUAAAGCUGAGGUCUCUUCAAAAAGGAACCUUUGAUUCCAAAUUUGGAGAAUAUGAAUGGAUUCAUAAGCGCCGAGAAAUGGACACAAGUAGAAGAAAAUUUCACUUGUAA